AGUUAUUCAUACUAUUUAGAGUAACCAUCGGUGCAUGAAAGCUUAACAUUAAACUGUUUAAAGUGUACUAUAUAGAAUGAAGGACAGACGGUGUCGAAUUGUGCUAUUUUAAUAAUGGGAAAUAAUGAUCAAACUUCCUAGUUCCAUAAAACUGGAUUUUCGGGGAAAAGAUGAUACUGUACCUACCGAUAAUCAGCAUCUUUUGCCUUAUACCGGGCACUGGUGCUUUGUCUGACACAGACGUUGGUGUGGUAGCUGCAGGCGUCAUUUCCGGUUUGAUACUCAUUGUACUUGUCGUUGGAGUUCCUGUUAUAAUAUUUUAUUUACGAAAAAAGAGGAAGAAGGCAGAACCAAAAGGACGUCCACCAAAGGAACAUUUCGCCAAUGGACAUGCACCGAAACCAGCUGCUAAUGGCUAUCCAAAACCUAACCCAUAUAUGCCUCCCCCACAACCACGUCCACAACAUAGACAUGGACCAAGGCAUCCACAUGCAACUGAUUUAGGUUCACACAGAGGUGUUCCGAUAGUACAUAUCACACCACAUGGUUCACAUGCUGGGACACCGCACGGAUCACAUAGGGGACCACCACAUGGGUCAGUAAGGGGACAAAUGAGAGGAGGAUCUGCACGAAUUGUAUUUACACGUGGUGGUGGUCGUCGUCCCCCAAUGAUGUUCCCGAUGGGAUCUGUAGGCCCAAGAGGUCCAUAUCCAUAUCCAAUGGGACCUAGAGGAAGAGGUGCUCCUCCUCCAGGAUAUCCUGGACCAUAUGGUUAUCCUGAUCCAAUGAUGCACCCGUACUUCUUCCCGCCUCAAUUCACAGUGUACGUGGAUGAAUCGGACGACGAUGAGUCGGAUGAGGACAGGAGAUCAAACAGAUCAACAGUGAGGGAGCGGAAAAUGAGGUACCACCGUUCGUUUCUGCCUGAUAGACAAUCAAACAUAGUCAUCAAAGAAAUAGACAGUGACGAGGAAAAGAAAAUACAAGAAGAAGAGAACAGAAAGAAAAGAGGCAAACGACGAUCUAAAUCAAGAAGCCGAUCAAGAUCCCCCGAACAACCAAAGCGAAGACACAAAUCUCGGUCAAAAUCUCCCGCUCGUAGACGGUCUAGAACUCCUUCACCUGAACGAUAUAGAACAUCUGAUCACCAAGAUUUAUAUACAGAAGUAUCGAAAUCAAGUUAUCGGAGGAAUUCUUCAGCAAGUGGAGGCGAUACAGCAGCUAAAAUCGAUGAAAUGUUUUCUUUUUCAUCCGACGCAAGUGCAAAACCCGGAGACGUUAUAUUACUACCUCCCGGGAAACAUAUUGAUAUGUCUCCGAGAAGGCGCGAAUCAUCUCCCAUAUGGCGAGAACCAAGUCCACCACCAAGGAGAGACCCAAGUCCGACAAGAAGACGAGAUCCAAGUCCGCCAUCUAGACGAGAUCCAAGUCCGCCUCCAAGGCGAGAACAAACACCACCAUUACGUCGAGAUUCGACGCCCCCAAGACCAGAACGAAAGCCUAUAAGUUCUAUUCCAUCUGAGUAUGCAUAUGCAUCGGUGAUAAGACCAUCUGAAGAGCCGAUUGAAACCCCAUCUGCAUCACAUUCUGCACUGGGUGUAUCAAUGUCAGAAAGACUUCAGAAUAUUGUGGACUCUGGACAUACAACUGUUGUUCAUGACCUUGAAAAAUAUAAAUCCGACGAUAUUCAAUAUCCUCCUAAAGGACAAAGUCUCUCAAGAACAAGUAAACCAUACAUGUCGAAUAGAGACGAUUAUCCAUCAUCAUCAAAUCGCUUAUCUUCAACUGCGAAACCUGAUCUAUAUAGGACGGAUAGAUAUAGUUCUGAUGACUUUAGGCGACCGUCUACUCCUCCAAAUGAUAUUCCAAACGAGACACCUGUUCCUACUCCACGCCAUUCACUUAUCAGAAGACCACAAACUCCCCCAAACGACAUACCCAUAUCAUCCCGUUCUGAUAGACCAUCAACUCCUCCCUUUGAUGGAGAUGACAUAAGCAGAAGCACCUCAACACCAGCACCAGAUAGGAGAGUACCACCACCACCGCCUUUACCUCCAACACAACCACAAAGCAAUGAUUCUAGACCAAUGAAUGCUCGUUACACGACAAACUUGGGGAAUACACAGCAUGCUCGAGCUGCUUUUUCUACACAAGUUCUGGAAGAGCUUAAAGAGAGACAUCGAAUGCCCGAGGCGUCUGUGGAUGAUGAUGACGACACUGAUUCCGCAAGAAAUAGGGCUGUAAACUUUUCUGCUUCGCCACCCGAAAUAAUUCCUAGAUCACAACCUAAUAGUCCCAGAGGAUCUCAAAACUUAAACCCCGAUGACCCUCCACAGGAACGUGCCCCACCCCCUCCUCCACCUCCACCACCACCACCACCUUUACCAAAAUAAAUUAAAAUGAUGAUGCUAGCAAUUACAUGGUUUUUGACUGACAUAUGUUUUAUCUAUCGAAUUAGUCUUAUGAUAUAAAAACGGGAAAUGGCUACCGUAAUAAAAAAAACUUGCUACAUAUCUUUUCUUAUACUACAAAUUUAACCCGAAUAUUUUAAAUGAAAAAUAAUAUAUACUUCUACACCAUACCAUGUAGAAUGAUCUUUGCAGUGUUGAAGAGUCCUAUUACGCAUGCAUUUAGUGGGGAACAUGAGUUGCAUGUUCUGAUGGUGCCGCUUUUAAAUUGAAACUGAAUACAUUUUUGUGGACAAAAAUAUUGAACUCGAUAACAGUGUAAUCAUUAUCCUCAUAUACUAGUAGGCUAACAUACUAACAAGGAAAUGUUUCCCUAAAACAAUUUUCGCAAUCCAGUUUGACAUUGAUUGUGACACUUUAUUUUGAAAAGUACGAAUUGCAAGCAAAUGUGUUAAUGAAUGAAACCAGAGGACGAAUGUCAUCAAAGCAAUCAAAACUUGAUAUCUGCUUAUCAAAUUCAAUGACGAGAAUAGCUACAUGUCGAGAUGCUACAAACUUAUAAAAACAUGCAUGAAUGUGUAGUGCUUAGUUUUACCUUUUUAGUUGACAAUCACUAAUCGCACAUGCCCUUUUAUACCCGAGAGCCAAUUCCAUGACAUUAGAAGGGGAAAUCUGUGUAUGAUUAUUUUAUUAUGAUUUUUAUCACUGUUAGUCAUUUUUAAAAAUAUCAUAUUAUUGUAGAUCGCUGUAUUGUUUGCCUAGACUUCAAAAUUUAACUGUUUUAUAUACAGGGUGAAUGCUUUAAUUUCGCAUGAUGAAUUGUAAUAAACAAAAAUAACCGGUUCUUGAUGGAAGGAAGCUUUAACAUUGUAUUUUUUUAUUAUUUGAAUCUAAUAAGUAUUCAGUGUAAAAAUUGUAUUGAUCAAAAGCACACAAACUAUGAAAGGGCUAUAUCUUAUAGCGUGUGCCAUGACUGAUAGCCAAAUAUGGAACAAAUUUAUAUACAAUCUACAAUUUAACGAAUGAAUUCUUGAAAAAAGUUUUAAAAAAAUAGUCGCCAUAAUCUCUCACCAAUAUAUUAUUUAAUACAUGUACCAUACAUAUUGAUGUUUGGGGACCAAGAAAUACAGCAGCUGUAUAACUCUUGUAGCACACGAAGAUAGUAUCACUGUGUGUACAAUACAUUAAUUUUUUUUUGUAUCAGGUGCUUGAAAACUAGUUUACUAACAUAGCUUCUUCCUGAAUGAAGUUAUAUAUCACAAAUAGAUUGAAAAGAUGAACAUUUGUGUUUAAAUUCCUUCUGGCUGGAAAAUUCUUUACAACUCAUGCUUUUUGGUCCUUUUUUGCAAAGUUAAUGAGAUGUUAAUAUUUUUAUAGAUUUUUUAUGCAUUGUUCAUUUUUUUAAGAGCUUACUUGUAAAUAUGUCAUGUAAUCUACAAAGUACUUGCAUUCACUUGAUACACAUUUUAGUUUUGCACGCUUUACUUAACAAGAAAUCAUCAAAGAUUCAUUAUCCUUGUUUGUCGGUUCCAUUACUUUUAUAUAUAUUAAUUUUAUUACUGUAAACGUUGAAGACGUUUUAUAUAAAGUAUAUGAUAUAUCUUUUACAGUUAUAUAUUUGUUAUAUUCAUUUCAAAUGAAUAAAUAUAUUUUGAUAA